UAGAAUCAAGCGAAAAUUGAAAGUUGGUUGUUUUAUUACUGUGCUUAUUGUUUCUUUUAAAUAUUGUGUUCUAUUGAAACAAAAUAUUGCAUUUUUUGUUCAUUCCAUCCGCUCGCUAACGCAAACCAAAGCGAUGACGGUAAUAACACUCAUCUCCUCUAACAAAUGCUUCGGUGGUCUGCAGAAGAUCUACUCGCACAAAUCCAAGGAGUUGGAUUGCGAGAUGAAGUUUGCCAUAUAUCUGCCGCCGGCUGUUGAAGAUGGUGGCAAAUUUCCGGUGUUGUAUUGGCUGAGCGGCUUGGAGUGCAACGAAACGAACUUCAUCCAGAAGUCCGGCGCCCAGCGUUACGCAGCGGAUAAAGGGGUAAUUUUAGUUUGUCCGGAUACUUCUCCGCGCGGUGUCAAUCUACCGGGUGAGGAUGAUUCGUGGGAUUUUGGAAGCGGUGCCGGGUUCUAUGUUGAUGCUAGCAAGGAUCCGUGGAGCAAGCACUACAAAAUGUUCAGUUAUGUGACGCAGGAAUUGAUUGAUGUGAUUAAUAAUAACUUUCCGACCGUUCCGGACAAGCAGGGCAUCGCUGGACACAGCAUGGGUGGCCAUGGUGCACUGAUCUGUGCAUUGAAAAAUCCAGGACUGUACAAGUCUGUUUCUGCGUUCGCCCCGAUUUCGAAUCCUAGCAAGUGUCCCUGGGGAGUAAAAGCCUUUACUGGUUAUUUUGGUGACGGCGAGAAAGAAGAGUGGAAGAAUUGGGACGCUACUGAGCUGGCUGCUGGCUAUAAUGGACCGCCACUGGAAUUGUAUAUUGAUCAGGGUUCAGAGGAUACUUUCCUCAAAAAUGGUCAAUUGUUGCCGCAUAACUUGGUUGAUGCAUGCAAGGCGGCCCAAUUCCCUUGCGUGUUGCAUAUGCGAGAUGGCUACGAUCAUGGCUACUUCUAUGUUGCGUCCUUCAUCGGGGAGCAUAUUGCCUAUCAUGCUGGUCAUUUGAAAUGAAAGAUUGUUGAACGGAAUUCAUACUGCAAAGAUUAAAGGUGAUCUAUAUUUGAAUAUAUAA